AUGGUUUCAAUACUUGGGAACAACAGGCUGGUGCUUUUGAUGGUGGGUGUUGCAUUCCAUCUUUUCUACCUAUGGUCUAUUUUUGACAUAUACUUUGUCAGUCCAUUGGUUCACGGAAUGGAACCUCAACUAAGUACACCUACACCCCCUGCAAAAAGAUUGUUUUUAAUAGUUGGUGAUGGUCUAAGAGCAGAUACCACUUUUGAUAAUAUAACCCAUCCAACAACUGGUAAAACAGGGUAUUUGGCUCCAUUUUUAAGAGAUUUGGUUUUAAACGAAGGUACUUAUGGUAUAUCACAUACAAGAAUGCCAACAGAAUCAAGACCAGGUCAUGUUGCAAUGAUCGCUGGGUUUUAUGAAGAUGUCAGUGCCGUCACGAAAGGCUGGAAAGAAAAUCCGGUUGAUUUUGAUAGUGUUUUAAAUCAAACUAAACAUACUUAUAGUUUUGGUUCUCCAGAUAUUUUACCAAUGUUUGCACAAGGUGCUUCAGAUCCGAAUAGAAUUGGCACAUGGAUGUAUGGUCAUGAAUUUGAAGAUUUCACUUCAUCAUCAAUUGAGUUGGAUGCUUUUGUUUUUGAGCAUUUAUAUGAUUUAUUUGAAAAUUCUACAAAAGAUCAUGAAUUGAAACAACAAAUUAAUCAAGAUCAGACAGUUUUCUUUUUGCACUUGCUAGGAUGUGAUACUGCUGGUCAUGGUUAUAGACCUUAUUCUGCUGAAUAUUAUGACAAUGUUAUUUAUAUUGAUGAACAAGUUGCUAAAUUGACUAAAGAAGUUAAGAAAUUCUUUGGAGACGAUGAUACAGCAUUUAUUUUCACAGCUGAUCACGGUAUGAGUGCUUUUGGCUCACAUGGUGAUGGACAUCCAAAUAAUACAAGAACACCUUUGAUUGCUUGGGGUGCUGGUAUAAAUAAACCCGUCUAUAAUGAAGUUCCAAUAUUUGAUAAUUAUACUGAGAAUUGGCAAUUGGGUCAAAUCAAGAGAAAUGAUGUGAAGCAAGCUGAUAUCGCUUCAUUGAUGUCAUAUCUAAUUGGUGUUAACUACCCAGCUAAUUCUGUUGGUGAAUUACCUCUAGCUUAUAUUGAUAAUAAAGAAGAGGCUAAAUUGAAAGCAUUAUAUCAAAAUGCUUUGAGUAUUGUUGAGCAAUACCAUGUGAAAGAGUCUGAGAUGAAAGAAUCGCAAUUCUUCUUUAAGCCAUAUCCCAGAUUUGAAAUCAAAUCAAUAGCAAAUUAUCAAUCUGAAAUUGAAUUACUGAUUGAUGAAAUUUCUAAAUCUAAAAAGUUUGAAGUCGAAAAAGAAAUCGAGGCAAUUGCCUUGGUGGAAGAAUUAAUGAAAACAACAUUAGAUGGUUUGUAUUACUUAACAACCUAUAAUUGGUUAUUAUUAAGAUCAAUUGUUACAUUAGGGUUUAUUGGCUGGAUCACAUAUUCAUUCAUCAUCUUUUUAAGAUUAUUUAUUUUGGAAAAAGAUGUUCCAACUUCAACAAGUUUCUUGAAUUUUGCUGUGUUUUCAUCUAUUGGGUUGAUUUUCAACUAUAUCUUAUUCUAUCAAAGAUCACCUUUCAAUUACUAUAUGUAUUUGAUUUUCCCUAUAUUCUUUUGGAGUCAAAUUACAUCCAAGAGUUUGAUUUUGCAGCAAGGUUUACAAUCAUUUUUCAGUGGGAUUAGUCAUUUCAAGAGAUUUUUGAUUUUGAUCUCCAUCAUUGGAGUUUUUGAAGGUAUUGUUUAUGGAUUCUUUGAAAGAAUUAUCUUUACAAUAUUCUUUAUCGCCUUGUCAUUCUAUCCAGUUUUGUUGGGUGUAUCAGAUUUGAAAACCUUGAUAUUUUGGGGUAUAACCAACAUUGGAAUGAGUACUUAUACAUUGUUUGAUGCUGUUAAAGUUGAAGAUUUAUAUCAAAUCAAUGCUGCUGCUGUUUUGAUAUCGAUAUUUGGGUUCGUUUGUUAUUUCAAAAUUUUACAAAAUUCCCAUAGUGAGAAAAAUUUCCCAACUAUCUCAAGCUAUACCAAAAACUUGAUAAAUGUUCAAAUAUCAUUGAUUGCAUUAAUGACUUUGGUUACCAAUAAAUCAGUUUCAUCAUUACAGUCAAGAGAAGGUUUACCUAAGAGCUCACAAUUUUUAGGUUGGUUGAUAUUUGUCCUCUCAUUGUUUGUUGUUCCAUUUUUACAUUAUUUGAAGCCACAUAAUGAUUAUAGAAUAAGAUUAUUGAUAAUUUUCUUGACAUUUGCACCAACAUUUAUCAUAUUGACUAUAUCAUUUGAAGCAUUAUUUUAUAUCAACUUUUCAAUACUAUUACUUCAAUGGAUCAAAUUAGAAACGGAUUAUUUCCAAAGAAAAGGUGGUAAAAUUGAAAAUUACUCUCAAUUAUUAAGAGUUUCAGUGAUUGGGUUCUUAUAUUUACAAGUUUGUUUCUUUGGCACUGGUAACGUCUCAAGUAUUUCAUCAUUUUCAUUGGAUUCAGUUUAUAGAUUAUUACCAAUUUUUGAUCCUUUCCCAAUGGGUGCACUCUUGAUGUUGAAGUUGAUUAUUCCAUAUGUUUUAUUGAGUACUGCGUUAGGAGUCUUGAAUGUCAAAUUGGGUAUUAAACCUUAUACUAUUUCCACUUUGAUUAUUUCAACAAGUGAUAUCUUGUCAUUAAACUUCUUUUACUUGUUAAAGACAGAAGGUUCAUGGUUAGAUAUUGGUGUUACAAUUUCAAAUUAUUGUUUGGCUAUACUAUCUAGUUUGUUCAUGUUAAUUUUGGAGAUCAUUAGUCACGUCUUGUUGAAAAAUGUUGAGUACCAUGAUGAACUAGAAGCUAGAGGUGAGGAAGAGGUGAAAAAAGAUAAAUAG